AGGUGUGGAAUUGGGUGGUGAGACUGAUGAUGAUAGCUGAACGUCGAAGAAAUGGAAUUGGGCAAGAAGAAGAGAGGAAAAGAGCAUGAGAAAAUGGCAAAAUCAUUCCCAACUCAAAUACACCAACCAUACCAUCACUUUUCUUCACUGGAAAGCUCCAUCAACUUUGGUCUCCUCGUUCUGGUUGAUUGGUCCCACCUUUUCAUUCCCAAUUCCAAUUUCUCCUUCUUCAGUUUCCUCUCCAAUUUAAUCCCUUUUCCUCAAUUGCAUCUCCAAGAGAAAUUUAAUUAUUAAAGGUUUCCCCAUACUUUUACUUUCCAACCUUUCCCCCUUUUUUCUCCCCUUCUUCUCUACAUCUCUCCUAUCUUUUCCCACUUUCCCUCUUCCUCCUUAGUCUUUAAUGGCUGCACCCCACGCACAUUUUCUCCAUUUUAUUACGUGGGGCGGUGUUUUUUCUCCCCCUCUUUUUGUCCGCUGUGCAUAGAAAAUUCCCUCAAGCAACGCUUCAUCACGGAUAGAAGAAGAAAAGAAGACCAAUUUUUGGGUUUUCGUGGGGGGUUCUCUUUUUUUUUUUCUGGAUUUUUUGCUUCCUUCAUAUCUGGACUACUUUGGAUUGCUUUCGGCCAGCUUUGUCAAGAUUGAAAUUUUAUAUUACUUUCGGAUGCCCUUUUGCAUAUAUAGCAAUCAGGACAGGUGUAAAUUUGGAAUCUUUUUUUUUUUCUUGAGAAAGUAUUAUAUAGACUUCUGUUGAAUUUGAACUAGUGUGAAUUUUGGGUUUCUGAGGAGUUUGAUCCCUCUCUUCCUGAUCAAAAGCAAAAAACGAAGCAGAAAGUUUUAAUUUUGGAGUUCAUUAAGAAGUGACAAUGCAUCAGAGUGCGUGAGAUUGAUUAAUGCCAGUGGAAAUUGUGACUACAAUCCAGUAAGUGGAUCUUCUGCCUGUAUUUCGAAGUUUAGGAGUAGUUGUCCUUGUCUGAAAAAGCUGGUUUGAAAGGAAGGUUCUACUGGUACCAUCGGAAAUACUGUGUAGGUUUAUCACCGACAAAGAAGGUUAAGACUUGCUUUCCUGCUAGAGAGCACCACUUUCCUUGAGCAGCUGAAAUUACUCUGUUUUGGAUCUCGGCAAAGUUUUAUCUGGAUGCAUGCUUGUUUUUGUUAGUCCUAGUGUUUCUGAGAGCCUGAAAUUGCAGGCUUUUUGCGUUCCCAUUUGCAAGAAAAUAUACAUGAAAGCAACAACUUGACAGCUGAGAGUUGCCAGAGAUAAUGGCAAAGAGGUCACAAAGACGGCGUCUGCGGUAUGAAAAGGAUCAAACAGGUUGUAUAUCGGGAUUGAUCAGCAUCUUUGAUUUUCGCCAUGGCCGUUCCACUAAAAAGCUCCUUCCAGAUAGAAGAAAGGGGAGCAGGAAAGCUGCCAGUGCUGGAUCCUCGCAAACUGGACUAGUGUCACCUGAUUCCGAUGGAAACUGUCAGGAUAGUGAGGAUGGCAGGGAGAGUGGAAUAGCCUCCGUUGAUACUCUUAAAACAAGUGUGAAGAAACUCAUGGAAGAAGAGAUGGUCAAUGAGCAAGAUCCAAACAAGCAGAGCAGUGAUUCCGAGAUGGGCCAUCCAGAACAUGGAUGUCAUACAAGAAAAGAUCGCCAACAUAGAAAGAAAGCCAGCAAGAGGUCUAAUGAUAUCAACAUUUGUGAUUUGGAUGUCAUGAAAGAUUUAGGGACUGAUAAGUCUGGUGAUCAGGUUGACGGUCAAAAAACUUCAGAUAAAAUUGAUUUUGAAAUUAUUAUGCAUUUGUUGCAUGAUCAUUUUGAUGUGCCAUCAGAUCAGGCAAGUGCAGUUGACGAGGGAAAGUUAAGUGCAGCCAUUAAGAUCUUCAUUGAUCAGAACUCAUCCAAUAUUAAGCAUUCUAGAGAUAAUGGGCAGGUCCAGGAGUCCACAGAAUCCAUGGAUGCUUUGAAUAGAUUGAGUUUAGAAAAGGACUUGCUGUUAAAGCUCCUGCAAGACCCGAACUCUCUUUUGGUAAAGCAAAUUAAAGGUUUGGAGAGCGCCCAUUUAGAGAAAGGCCUGCUGCAUUCCAAUUCAUUGCCAAGAUCUGGCUUCGUAGAAGACAAACUAAGUCAUUCAAAAACAGACGACCUCAUCAACCACAAACAACACAGAAACUUUUUCCGGAGGAGGAGCAAAUCACAGGAAAGUUUCCCCUCAAUGGGAAGUGACAAAUGUCAGUCCUCUAGUAAGAUUGUUAUUUUAAAACCUGGACCAGCGACCUUGCAACAACAAAACACAGAGAUACAUAUUAGCACUUCCAUGCAAUUUCACAAUCCUGAGGGAGUUAAGAUCCAGGGAGAAAGAAGCCAGUUCUCUUUCACUGAAAUCAAACGGAAACUAAAGCAUGCUAUCAGAAAAGAAAGGCAGGGGACCUCUCCUGAUGGAAUCACUCAUAGAACUCUAUCAGAGCAUCAAAAGAGACAUGAUUUUGAGAAGGGAAUUGGAGGAGAAAAUUUAGGGUGGCGGUCUCCAAACAGAAACCACUUCUAUACUGAAAGGUUUGCCAAACCUUCCAUCAAUCUAAAUCGGGAUGAUAAAAUCGGCAAACCAAACGAUGCUGACCCAUAUACAGUGAAAGAUACCUCUGUGCAUACCAAGUCGGGAGUUGCUAACAUCUACCUCGAGGCCAAGAAGCACCUCUUGGAGAUGCUUAGCAGUGGGCAUAAUGAUACAGAGCUAAUCAGUCAGCAGCUACCAAAAUCCUUGGGUAGGAUUCUUUCUUUUUCAGAAUACAAUUCUUCUGCCAACAGCAGCCCUAGGAAGGGCACUGAGGACAGCUCUGUAACAACUGAAAGCACACUGUUUUCUCAUGGUGGUAUUGAGAUUGCUAAUGAGACCACAGAUCAGGUUGAUGAAGAAAAUCUUAGGAAACCCUCAAGUUCAUUAAAGUACUGCUCAGAGAUUGAACCUAGCACCAGUAAUGCCAGUCUUGAUCAGAAAGUAGAAACUCCAGAAGCAAGUAGGAGUUUGUCUUGUGUGCACCAUCAUACUGAUUUGGAUGGCGAAGCGCUGUCUUCAGGUGGAGAUGUAAUGGUAUCUGAAGAUAAAUCCUAUGCAGGAGCUACAGGAUUUGAAGAAACAACUAAAGGCGACCGUGAAUGCUAUGAGAAUUCAAAUGCUGCUCAUGAAUCAAGUAGCUCUUACAGUACAGAAGAUGAUCAAAACUGUGAUAUUGCUGUACAAUAUCAUCAAGAAGGGUUGACACAGUCAAUGGAGAUGGAAUCGUUUGAGCAGUGUCAAAUGUUGCCUUCUCCUUCAGCAUCACCUUCACACUGCUCAGUCACUAUAAAAGUUGAAGAUUUUGAGGGUGCAAUUGAUAGAACAGACAGACCCAGUCCUGUUUCUGUUCUCGAACCACUGUUUAUUGAAGAUGAUAUCAGUCCAGCAAGGACCAUACGUAGGCCAGUUGAACAAGAAAUUCAACCACGGCAAAUUCAUUUUGAGGAGUGGAGGUCUUCCAGUGACCAAGGGAUGUGUAUGCAGACUUCUUUGAAUGAUGAAGAAUCUGCAUUUGAAUAUGUAGAAGCGGUGUUACUAGGUUCAGGAUUGGUCUGGGAUGAAUAUCUAUUAAAGUGGCUUUCUUCAUCUCCAAUUCUUGAUUCGACAUUGUAUGAUGAAGUGGAGCUGUUUUCCAGCCGGUCUCAUCAUGAGCAAAAGCUACUUUUUGAUUGUAUUAACGAAGUACUGGAGGAGGUAUGUGACCGCUAUUUUGGGUGUUUCCUGUCGAUGUCGAGUAAUAAACAGAGCAUUCGGCCUGUCCCAACUAGGAUGACACUUAUUCAGGAGAUAUGGGAAGGAGUUGAGUGGCACCUCCAGCAAGACCCGUCGCCUCAAUCUUUGGAUCAGCUUCUCAACAAGGACAUGGCUAAGUCCAGAAAAUGGAUAGAUGUUCGAUUAGAUAUCCAACACAUUGGUACGGAAAUGGAAGAGGCCAUUCUUGACAAAUUGGUAGAGGACACGGUUUCAAGCUUCAUCUAUGAUGAUUUGAAAAAUGGUUCUCUAUCAUCUUCAGCUGAUUUGAUUGAAGUUCGUAAAGUUGACCUGUAAAGUAUAAUUGACGUUAUUACUGAGCUAAUGCAAAAGAAGCUGAUCUUCAGUCUGCUGAGGCAGUAAAAUGUCCUUUUUUUCCGGUUAACCCACAUUUCCAGUUAUGCUGCCUCUAGCUCUGAUUGGUGGUCUAAUGAAGGUUCACAUUUGGUGAUCUUUUACCUCAUGCUAAAUUUCCGAGACCUAAAGGAUUAUGCUCAGCCUAUAUUCUGCUAAGAGACUAGCAUGGAAGCCUUCUGUGGCAGAAGAUGUACAGAAAUAGAGGAUCUCUUAUGUGAAACAUCUUUUGAUGCAAGCUCAUGAGAAGGCAAAAGUGCUAGUGGAUUAUGGCAGAAUUGGGUUGGAGAGUUGAUAUGGUGAUCAUUGGAUCUGACUUUAUUAAUACGACAUUCUCUAGAAAGUGUAGAGUUGUAGAGGUUGGUGUGCUUUUGAUAGGCGUGCUGUAUCUAGCUGUGUGAAAAUUUCUGUCUUUAACUCUCUCUGUCUCUGCAAAUAGCUUACUCUUGUUGAAUUGCCAUUCUUGCUGUCACAAACUUUUGACUUGAGGAUGUAAUAACUCAUACUAAGAAAUAAACAAUGAUUUAAACAAAAAAAAAAAAAAA